GCUGGAAAGAAGAGUCCGGCUGGGGGAAAAGGCGGCUUUUGGCAAAACCGCCUUCAUCCCGGCUCGUGGGGACGCGGCGGCCAGCCUGCCUGGUGCUGCCAGAGUUGCAGGGAGAAGACACGGCACAGUGGGACUGAACCUGCUUUCGCAUCACGGAUCCCUAGGGGGAUGACCAAAUCCAAGUCGAGAAAGCACUCUGUCCUGGGAUGCUGAAGAGAAGUGGCGUUCACAAAGCGCCCUGUGCGCGGAACUGCACCUGGAAAUUUUGAUGCUAGCCGUCUGCCUGGCGCCUCUGUAAGUUUUUGAGGCUCUGCAGCAAGGGGAAGCAAAAGGCGGCUCUGGAUUUCUGGAUAACCGGGGAAAUGCUGCAGGAGCUGUGGAGAAAGAUCCCUGGUGCUGAACAUGGACCAGCGGACGCCUGAACCACAGCUGGGAGAAGGCAGGCAUGUCAUCCGUGAAGGUGGAGUGCGUGGCCGCGGAGGGCUACGGGAUCGGCGAGUCGCCCGUGUGGGACGAGAAGGAGGGCGCGCUCCUCUGCGUGGACAUCCCGGGCAGGAAGGUGUGCCGCUGGAGCCCGGCCACCGGGCGAGUCCAGGCCGUCUCCGUGGACGCUCCCGUGAGCUCCGUGGCGCUCCGGAAAUCUGGGGAUUACGUCAUCACCCUGGGAACCAGGUUUGCUGCUUUGAAAUGGAAAGAGCAGCUGGUAACCACCAUUACUCACGUGGACAAGGAUAAACCAAACAACCGAUUCAAUGAUGGGAAAGUGGAUCCUGCGGGGAGGUAUUUUGCAGGUACGAUGGCUGAGGAGAUUCGACCUGCCGUGCUGGAAAGACGCCAGGGCUCUCUGUAUGCGCUCUUCUCCGACCUCUCGCUGGUGAAGCACUUUGAUCAGGUGGACAUUUCUAACGGGCUGGACUGGUCGCUGGAUCACAAAACCUUCUUUUACAUUGACAGCUUGUCCUAUUCAGUGGAUGCCUUUGAUUAUGACCUCCAAACUGGAAAAAUUGGCAACCGUAGGAGUAUAUACAAACUGGAAAAAGAGGAGAGCAUUCCUGAUGGGAUGUGCAUUGAUAUAGAAGGCAAACUCUGGGUAGCUUGUUACGAUGGUGGGAGAGUGAUUCGUCUUGACCCUGAGACUGGAAAAAGACUCCAGACUGUGAAGCUUCCUGUUGACAAGACAACUUCCUGCUGUUUUGGAGGAAAGGAUUACUCAGAAAUGUAUGUGACUUCUGCCAGUGUCGGGAUGGAUAAAGAGUGGCUUUCACGGCAACCACAGGCUGGUGGGAUUUUCAAGAUAACAGGACUAGGGGUGAAAGGAGUCCCACCGUAUCCAUUUGCAGGCUAAAUAUACACUCUUGAGGAUGGAUUAGAGGACUGACGUAAGCAAGACAAGUUGGAGGGUCUUAUUCUGGUGUUCAGCAUCUUUUGCUUUGAAACCGUAGAACAGUUAUAAUAUCUUACCAGGAAAGGAUGAAAAUCUACUGAAAUGCACGGAAUAUUUUAAAACGGAACUCUAUUACUUUAAAAUAUCUGAUGGUGCUUUUUCUGUUGUGCUAAAAAGAUUCUCACCUGAAUGUAACUUUCUUUUAUGAUUAAAUAAUGUUUUAAUAUAUUUUCUCGUUCUCCUGCCUCAUUUGCAACUUAUGCUAUAUUGAUUUAUUGAUUAAACUACUUCUACUGUCUCUUUUCCAUACUUCUGAAGUUCCUCGUAAAAUAUCCAUCUGUGGCCUUACUGCUGCUUUAACUGGAACUUCAUUUGU